AUGCCAAACUUUUAUAUAAAUAAAAAAAAAACAAAAAGCUUAAAUUAUAUCUUUUCUACUUAUCAAGAUAUAAAAAUUCCAAACAGUUCAUUACCUGAUCUUAUUUUGGAAAGUUAUCAAAAUGAUAAAGAGAGAAUAUUUCAUGUUAAUGGAGUUACUCAUAAAGAGUAUACCGGUGAAAUGAUGCACAAUUUAAUAAUAAAAUUUGCAAAAUGUUUAAAUGAUCUUGGUUUCAGAAAAGGAGAUGUAAUUGGAAUCAUUUUACCUUCUGUAAUUGAGUAUCAUUACAUAAUAAAUGCAAUUUUGUUAAUAGGUUGUAUUGCUUCACCUAUUUCACCUGAUUCAAAACCAGAAGAUAUUAAAAACACCAUUGCAAAUUUACAUCCUAAAUGUUUGAUCACUUACUCCAAUGUUGCACAAGGUAAAAUAAAACAACUCAAGAAUUUAUUACCAACUUUAAAUGAUAUCAUUGUCAUUGACGAGGAAGAAGAAGGUGUUUCUCUAAAUCUACAAAAAUUAAUACACCAAUCCAACGGAAAGUAUAUCAAAGUAGAGUUUGACCAAAAGAAAGAUAUAGCAAUAGUUCCUUUUUCUUCUGGAACCUCUGGACUACACAAAGGUGUUCUCCUCUCACAUUUCAAUUUGGUUGCGAAUGUACUCCAAGGUAUAGAAUGUGAAAAAAGAUUCUAUGAAAAGGAUUCAGUUUUUCUUGGAUGUACUCCUUUUUUCCAUAUUUAUGGCUUGACAAUGUUGGUUUUAUUACCUGUCAUUUCCAAAGUGAAAACCAUUGUCAUUCCAAGAUUUAAUCUUCAAAUCUUUUUAGAGUUAAUACAGAGAUAUAAGGCUACGAUGGCAUAUGUCGUUCCUCCUGUAAUUGUUAUGCUUGGAAAGAGCAAGAUUGUCAAUGAUUAUGAUCUCAGUAGUUUGAAAGUUUUAUUCAGCGGUUCUGCUCCAUUAUCAAAUCUCGUAGAACAAAGUAUAAAUGAACGGUUCCAAGGAAAGAUUAAAAUCAAACAAGCCUAUGGAUUGACUGAAACAAGUCCUAUCGCAAUGGUCAAUCCAUCAGAUAACAUUAAAGUUGGUUCAGCUGGUAAAUUGGUUUCAAACAUGAUUGCAAAGGUGAUAUCGAUUGAAGAUAAAUCGAUUUUAGGAGUGAGAGAAGUUGGUGAAAUAUGCUUGGCUGGUCCAAAUAUAAUGAUUGGUUAUCACAAUAACCAAGAAGCAACAAAGAACACAAUAGAUUCAGAAGGAUUCCUACAUACUGGAGAUAUAGGAUAUGUUGAUGAAGAUGGUUACUUCUAUAUAACAGAUAGAAUCAAAGAGUUGAUCAAGGUGAAAGGAUAUCAAGUUCCACCAGCAGAGUUGGAAGGUGUUCUAAUGAAGAAUUCAGAGAUCUUGGAUUGUUGUGUCAUUGGAAUCGAUGAUUUUGAACAUGGUGAACUACCAAGAGCCUAUGUAGUCAAGAAAGAAAACUCAACCCUAACUGAAAAAGAUAUUCAUUCCUAUAGAAUUGAGAAUUAG